GUAUUUCUUUCUCUCACCAAAACUAUCUCUCUCUCUCUCUCUCUUCCUCUCUCUAAGGACAAAGACUAAUAAAGGGGGGAUGUUUGGGGUAGUGUGCUAAUAAGGCAAAUGUGUGUUGGUGAAUGUGGUAGACACAAAUAGGAGAGAGUAUCUAAAGAGGAGGUCAGCACAGCACGCUUUGCUUCUUGAGUUGAACAACCUAACGUUUUUUAGGGGGCUCUGGUUGCGUGCGUUUUGCACUAAUUCCCGUUCCUGUUUUAAGCGCUCUUUGAGCGAAGAGAAUCUUUCUUACUUCUCUGGUUUCUAUCAUCAUCUUCUUCUUUCUUCAUUUUUUUGUUUUUUUUUUUUUUUUCCCUCUUGUAACAUAUCACUCAACUUGUACUCUCUAUCUCUCUCUCUCACCCCCCAUUCAUCACCAGUCCAAAAAGGAGAGGAGAGAAAGUAAGGGGAAGAGAACCCACUAAGCGUGCUAAAAAUUUAAAGAGAAAAAAGAUACACAUCAAUCCUACCCUAUUAUAGCUUCUUCUCUUUUUGCUUUUGGGUUGUUAUUCUAUUUGGGUUUUUCUUUUCUUCUUCUAGGAGCUUAUUUUUAGAUGGUGUUUUUGGGUUUCUUAUAUUCUAGUGGUGUUCCUUUUGAGGUUCGUUCAUGGGUUGAGUCUAAGAAAGUUGGUCCUCUGCUUCAUUGAGAUAACUAGCUUAAAAUUCCUUUGUUGAGCGAGUGUUCCUGCUUUUCUUCCAUUUUGUGUUUAUAGAGCUAGCAACAGGGGUAGUUUUGCACAUGAAGAUGGUGGUCAUCAAAAUGCUGAGCUUUGGUUAAGGACUUUAAAAGUGAAGUUACAAUAUACCUCUGCUUGCUUGUUUCUGGUCUGGUGGGGAAAAGAAAUUUGAGGAGGGGGGGAAAAAAGAUUUGAUUUUUCAUCUAAGUUUGCUUCCUUUGUGGUAGAAAAUAAAAAAAAAUGGAUGGAUGUUCAAGAAAAGAAGAGGUCUGUCCUCAGCUGCUAGAUUUGAUUUCCAAGGACAGAGAGUGGCUUAUGAACAGAGGUGAAGAGAGAAGCCAUGGUUGUUCGGAGGAGAAGAAGUUGGAGCUUCGGCUUGGUCCACCAGGUGGUGAAGACUGGUCGCUGAAAGACUCUUCCAAAAGCAACAGAGGAAGGGAAGAGUCUCUUCUCUCUCUCAGCUAUUUUUCUCCCAUGGCUUCCAUUGCACACAAUAACAAUAACAAUGGCAACCAAGCUCUGAAAUGUUCUUCCUCAGAUCAUAAUAACCCAGUGGGAGUUGGGUCUGCUCUGUCCUCUCCAUGGGCUUCUUCUUCUUCUUCUCCUUCAGGAUACCAGGCAAAGAUCCAGCAUAUUCAACAACAGCAGACAAAAGCUCCAUCGUUUCUUCAGUUUUCAUCAACCCCUCAGAGCCUGCCUGUGAUUUCAAAGGAAGCACCACAGACCUGUUGCACUAAAGUGGUAGACUUGCAGAAUGCAGAAAAGAAAGCACUUUCACCAGCCUCUGCAAAUACAGCUGUGCCUAACAGCUCUCAGAAAAGAACUGCUCCUGCUCCAGUUGUGGGUUGGCCUCCAAUUCGAUCAUUUAGAAAGAAUCUUGCAAGCAGCAGCUCUUCGAAACCCGGUACCGAAUCGCAAAAUGUUGUCCCAACUAAGAUUUCUGGUGAAAAGGAAGCUGAAACUUGUAAAAAGGGUCUGUUCGUGAAGAUCAAUAUGGAUGGAGUUCCUAUUGGAAGGAAAGUCGAUCUCAAAGCCUAUGACAGCUAUGAAAAGCUCUCCUCGGCUGUUGACGAGCUCUUCAGAGGGCUACUUGCAGCUCAAAGAGAUUCCACUGUUGGUGGAUUCCAGAAAAACCAAGAGGAAGAGAAAGAGAUUAUGGGUUUAUUGGACGGAAGUGGGGAAUAUACCCUCGUUUAUGAAGACAAUGAAGGAGACAGAAUGCUUGUUGGGGAUGUCCCAUGGCACUUCCUGAUAUUUGUUGGGCAGUAUGUUUGUCUCCACCGUGAAGAGGCUUCGCGUGCUUAAGAGCUCUGAGCUUUCUGCACUUAGCCUUGGUAGCAGUAAGCAAGACAAGAUGCGAGUCGACUCUUCUUUGAGAUGAAGAAAAGAAGAAUUUUUAUCUGAAGAAUCACCAUAGAAGUUUGGAAGAGACUCUGAUUUGUAUCUCUUAAAUCAUUUUGUUUCAUGUUUUUAUCUUGUCAAGAAAGCGGAAAGGGGAAACCAAAAAAAAAAAAAAAAAAAUUGUAAGCCUACAAUUCCGAGUAAUGUUCAUGGAUUUUCGUUUUGCUAAAAAUGCUAUUUAAAUUUCCAUAGGCUCUUGUAGAAAUAUAUCAAGUUAUUUUAUUUUCUUC